GAAAUCUCAAACGAGUAUACCAUUUGACUUUGCGAGAGUAUAAAAUGUUCGGUUACAUCCGAACUUAGCCCUUCCUUACUUGUUUUCAAUAUAAUUUCUAUAUUGGGACUUCACUACAAUUGUGAUUGUUUUUAAAAUUCCUGCGGGCGGCAAAUCACGCUUCGGAAUUGCCGAUGAUUCGUUAGCAGAGUAUCGCAUUUAAGAACGCCCAGUGAAAUGGGGCAACUGUCUGUUAUUAACUAUGGAAGAAUAGCUGUCAUCCAAAGAACUAUUUCAUUUAAUCCGAUUGCAAAACCGCCGGCAUUGCUGUUGGAUAUUUGGCAGUUGGUUUGAGAUUUUGCGGAAAAAGUUAUAUUCCUUAAAGCGUUAUUUUAAGUCAAACCACAUUCAUUUCGGCUGCCAAUUAAAUUUGGCGUCAACUCUACACCAAAGAAGAUUCAAGGAGGGAGAAGUCUUUAAACCAAAAAUAAUUAAUUUUAAAAUCUAACAAAUUUCUUUACUAAUUGGACAAGGGUUAAGAAAACACAAACAGCAAAUAUUCGCCUAAACUUUCAAAAUUGAUCCCCAGUAUGGUGAAUAAAUAAUUCAGUUAGCUUCAUUGAUUUGUCAAAUGAAGUUUUUUAUUUUCUAUUUGUGUUACUAUUUAAUUUUUUAUUCUCAAGGAAUUGAAAAGCUCACAACAAACAAAUGCAGAGAAGCGUCAAAUUCUGUACUGGAAGUAAUUACGUUGGUAUUUAUAAUAACCCCUUGAACUGCAUGGAAGGCUAUGGGCUUUACGUAUAUCCCGAUGGCAGCGAAUACCAGGGGUUCUUUCGACGCGGUCGCUUUCACGGCAUCGGACGUCUCACUAUGGCAGCACCAUAUUCUUUUACAUUCAUCGGCGAGUUCGACAAUGGUGAAUUGACUAUCAUUAAUAAAAUGAUCUAUCCGGAUGGUUUGAUAUUUAAGGCCAAUUUUAAUAAAACGAAAUUAAAUACCGCUAAUUGGAAUUAUCUCAGCAAAACUGAUCGUCGCUAUACGCGUGAACUUUGUAUGGACUUACUACCUGUGGUGCCAAAUGAACCGAUUUCACGUUAUAGCCCACGUUCACUUCAACCGAACAACUUCGAUACUGAGGAGGGAAUUUUUGUCGAAAAGAGUCGCUUCAUCACGAAAAUACCGCCACCAUUUUAUCACUUACGCUUUGUUAAUUGUGAUAAAGAGAUCGAUUGGAUACGACAAUAUUGUCGCCACGAUGACAGUGACGUAGUCACUGAGCCAGACGAAGCAAUUGGACGCCAGAUUCUUGAGUCUAAUAUCAGAGCGUCUACGGAAAUAGGUGAAAAUCUGUACACAUGUACAUGUAAUACAGAUAAAGGAUUACAGACAGAACGUUUAGGAAAGUUUUGUCGACGUGCUUUUCAUGAUCCCGAUAAUACAUCUUCUAGUUCACAAUACUCGAGAGAUUAUAAAGAUGCGCCUAGUUCAAUGAGUACCAGCUCAUUUUUGGAGGUUCCCAUUAAACUAGAUAUGCAAACGCAGUGUGAUAACGAAGUGGCACAACUACGCCUAAAGCCCAAUGAUCUCGGACCAGAAUAUUUUUCAUAGAAUACAAUAUUCAUCUAAAUGGAAACACUUGCUAGUGUAAAAAUUCUACAAUGCAACUCCUUAAACAUCAUAUACACAUAAAUUCUUAUUUGCAUAAGUGCUUUUGAUAAGGAAAUAUACGCAUAUUGCUUUAUAA